AUGCCGUCCAUUGUAGCGUUCCUCUUCCUUCCCACUGCCUUGGGAGCGGGUGCUGGUGACUAUGGGAACUACAUGGCAAAGUAUGGUGACUUCCACAAGUACAUCAGUGACUACGCAGGCAACUAUGCAGGCAACUAUGCCAGCGACUACAUGCCCUCUCAGGGCCAAGCCUCGGGGAAGUCUUCGCCAGUGAGCUUCGCCGCUUCCACGCCGAAGAACAGUGACAGCUCCGCCUCGGAUCACCAGGGAGCUACCGGGAACUACCAGAAGUAUUCCUCGCAGUUUCAGAAGAACCAGGGGGACUACGAGACGUACAUGGCCCAGUACAUGGCGGACUUCCAGCAGUACAUGAACACGCAUGCUCGUGGAGCACAGGGUGGAAGUGAUUACCAAAAGUAUAUGUCCGACUACCAGCAGUACAUGGGUGGCCAGGGAGGCUACCAGAAGUACAUGGCCGACUUCCAACAGUACAUGAAAGGCCAAGGCAAGGGGGACUAUCAGAAGUUCAUGGCACAGUAUGCCCAGGACUUUCAAAACUACCUGCAAGGCCAGGGAAAGAGCGCCAAUGGAAAUGGGGACUACCAGAAGUACAUGUCAGACUUCCAGCAGUACAUGAAGGGACAGGGAGGCAGCCAUGGAGACUAUCAGAAAUACAUGUCCAUGUACGCCGCUGAUUUCGACAAGUAUCAGAAGCAAUACACCAAUG